UCUGUCUCCCCCUUUGACUGUUGAAAGGACACCACCACACCAACCCUCUGGCUCUCUCUAUCUUAAACCUCCUUUAUAAAACCCUUCCCACCAUUUCUGUUCUUCCCUCAGGAGCCACCAAGCCUUCUCUCUCUUAAAUUUCUUCCAAGAGAAAACGCAGACAGAGAGAGGGAAAAUCAAAGAAGAAGAGGACAAAGAAAGCUCCUGUUUCAACAAUGGCACUUGCUAAUAACGCCUCAUCUAUUUCCUCUAGAUCUCUCUUGAGCAACUCCCUCUCCCAGCCGCGCCACCAACCAUCUUUCUCUCUCUACCCCACCAACCAAAACAAUAGACCAAGAUCUCGGCGCCCGAUCAAAGCAGUCCACGCGGCCGAGGUCGCGAAGAAAUCUGUUGCGGCGAAGGAAUUGACCCCACCCGUUUCGCAAGAGAAAGAAAAAUGGACGUUAGAUAGCUGGAAAUCAAAGAACGCAUUGCAAUUGCCGGAGUACCCGGAUGCGAAUGACCUCGAGUCAGUGCUGAAGACGAUUGAGGCGUUUCCUCCUAUCGUGUUUGCUGGGGAGGCAAGGAGCUUGGAGGAGAAAUUAGCAGUGGCGGCUACGGGAAAUGCUUUCUUGCUUCAGGGAGGUGAUUGUGCUGAGAGUUUCAAGGAAUUCAGUGCCAAUAAUAUUAGGGACACUUUCAGGGUGAUGUUGCAGAUGAGCGUUGUGCUCAUGUUUGGAGGCCAAAUGCCCAUCAUCAAGGUGGGAAGAAUGGCUGGCCAAUUUGCAAAGCCUAGAUCAGACCCAUUUGAGGAGAAGGAUGGAGUGAAGCUUCCCAGUUACAAAGGGGACAAUAUCAACGGUGAUGCAUUUGAUGAGAAGUCAAGAAUUCCAGACCCACAUAGGAUGAUUAGGGCAUAUAGCCAAUCGGCAGCUACUCUGAACCUUCUCAGAGCGUUUGCCACAGGAGGCUAUGCCGCAAUGCAAAGAGUUACACAGUGGAAUCUUGAUUUUGCAGAGCACAGCGAACAAGGAGACAGGUACCAUGAAUUAGCUAACCGUGUUGAUGAGGCCUUAGGAUUCAUGGCUGCUGCAGGACUCACUGUUGAACACCCAAUCAUGACAACCACAGAUUUCUGGACAUCCCAUGAGUGUUUGCUUUUGCCUUAUGAGCAAGCACUCACUAGGCUGGAUUCAACAUCUGGCCUAUACUAUGAUUGCUCUGCUCACAUGCUUUGGUGUGGUGAGCGUACCCGCCAGCUGGAUGGUGCUCAUGUGGAAUUUCUGAGAGGCAUUGCCAAUCCUCUUGGCAUCAAGGUUAGCAACAAAAUGGAUCCAAAUGAGCUAGUGAAGCUUAUUGAAAUCCUCAAUCCUCAUAACAAGCCAGGAAGAAUAACAGUUAUCGUAAGAAUGGGUGCUGAGAACAUGAGAGUCAAGCUUCCUCACUUGAUCAGGGCAGUUUGCAGGGCAGGGCAAAUCGUGACCUGGGUUUGUGAUCCAAUGCAUGGAAACACCAUUAAGGCACCUUGUGGACUCAAAACGCGCGCUUUUGAUGCAAUUCUGGCUGAAGUGCGAGCAUUCUUUGACGUUCAUGAGCAAGAAGGCAGCCAUCCUGGAGGCGUCCAUCUAGAGAUGACGGGCCAAAAUGUUACAGAGUGCAUUGGAGGAUCUCGGACGGUUACCUUCGAUGAUCUUACCUCACGUUAUCACACACAUUGUGACCCGAGACUGAAUGCUUCUCAGUCUCUUGAACUGGCUUUCAUUGUUGCUGAGCGGCUUAGAAGGAGAAGAAUUGGAACUCGGCGUCUGCUUUCUCUGAGCUCGUAGGUUGCUUUGGGAUUUCUAGAUUGGAUAGGUUGCUUUGGGAUUUCUAGAUUGGAUUGGUGAAGUUGAUCGAGGAUCAUCAACUGAACACCAUGUUGCAGCCACAGGGGAAAGAAGCUUUCUGAGAAAAAUCGGAUUUUGCUGAGAAUUGCUGAAUUACCUUAUUCCAAAUAGCUUUAUCCCACCAGAUACUAUUAUAAUAGUAAAAGAUUAAUUCUUUUUAUUGUGUAUUUGGCUGAUGCUGUGUGUUUCUCCUUUGAGAAGCUACAGGGAUCCAACAUUAUAGGAUUCUGUCUAUCUUUUUUUUUCCAAAGAUUCCGCACAAUAUAUUUAUUGUGAACGACAUUGGCAAAUUGGUAGGUUUUUAAUGUCUCAUAUCAUCUGUAAGAUUUUGACAAUCAACAGCCUAUAAAUUUUUCU